AUGGGCAAGAGCAGAGUCAAUGUACCUCUUAUCGAGUUCUUAAAGAACCGUAUCUACCUCGGGGCCUACGACUACACCCCCCAAGACACCUCCGAUCUUGUCUACUUCACCGUCGAAGAUGCGUUGGCCUACAACGCAUUCCACCUCGACUUCGGUCCCUUGCACAUCGGUAACUUGUACCGUUUCGCCGUGGUGCUCCACAACAUCUUGAACGAAGAGGCCAACCAGGGUAAGGCCAUCGUGCUCUACAGCACCACAUCCCCCAAAGAGCGUGCCAACACAGCCUGUUUGUUGUGCUGCUACAUGACCUUGGUCCAGUCCUGGUCGCCCCACCAGGUCCUUCAGCCCAUCGCCCAGAUUGACCCGCCUUUCCAGGGCUUUAGAGACGCCGGCUACUCCAACGCCGAUUUCGAAAUCACCAUCCAAGACGUGGUGUACGGUAUGUGGAGAGCCAAAGAAAGGGGAAUGAUCGACUUGACCACCUUCAACCUCGAGGAGUACGAACAAUACGAAAGAGUGGACCAGGGUGAUUUCAACGUCAUCUCCAAGGAUUUCAUUGCCUUCGCCUCUCCUCAGCAGAGCUCCAGAAAGCCUACUCUCAACGAGCCUUUCAAGAAGGUGUUGAACUAUUUCAUGGAAAACGAAGUCCAGUUGGUGGUCAGAUUGAACAGUCAUUUAUACGAUUCUGCGGAAUUCACCAAGCGUAACAUCCAGCACAUAGACAUGAUUUUUGAUGACGGUACCUGCCCAACCAUGGAGUUCGUAAAGCAAUUCAUUGGUGCUUCCGAAUGUGUCAUUAACAAAGGUGGGAAGAUCGCUGUGCACUGCAAGGCCGGUCUCGGUAGAACUGGAUGCCUUAUUGGUGCUCAUUUGAUUUACACCCAUGGAUUUACCGCAAACGAGUGCAUUGGCUAUAUGAGAAUGAUUCGUCCGGGUAUGGUUGUCGGUCCUCAACAACAUUGGUUGUACUUACAUCAGAAUGACUUUAGAGAUUGGAGACAUACCAUGGUCUUGGAUAACCGUCCAGACGCAUUUAUUGGGGGAUUAUUCCCAUUAACUCCUUACGAUGAAUUCAAGGCAAGAAUGAAGCAAGAAGCUAAGCAAAGAAAAUUACAACAUCAACAAGUCAACUCGUCAGUCAGCCAUAUGGACUCAUCAUUCCAGACUCCUAUUAGAAGAAGAAAGAUCAGUGGAGUUUUAGCAUCAAAGAUCCAAACUGCCGUGCCCAACGAAUCACCGGGUCAACCAAGAAAGUACCAAGAAGCCAACACCUCUGGCGUGGAAGAAAUUGUCAACAACUCGGACGAAGAACAAGGAGAAACAAUGCAGGAUAUUCAAAGUCCCGCAAGAAAGGAUACAUCAAGUGACUGGAGGGUUUUGAAAUCGAUCUCUGCAAACGGUUCCAACCAACCAGUUCAGUUAACCAAGACCACCACCACAACUACAACCAGAACCGUCAGCACCACCUUGUCAUCGUCGCCCCAGUCCUCACCCACCCAUAGCAUCAAGCUUCCCAAGUCAAGAUCAGGUUCCCGAGUGAACUCAGGAAUGAUACAAUCCAAGAGCCCAGGCAACAGAAUCCAAUCUGCCGGGAUCAGAAAAGUAAGUGGUAAAAAGUUUUAA